AUUAAAGCUUUGGCUCCCCUAAUCCUCUUGCCUGUCUUUCUUGCUGCAUUCCCUCACUCCUCUCGAUCCUCCUACCGUCAGUACCCAGACCUCCUUCCCUGCACAUCAUGGCUACCGCAACUGUCCUCGAGAAGGCCAACAUUGGUGUUUACACCAACACCAACCACGACUUGUGGGUCGCCGAAUCAAAACCGACACUUGAGGAGGUGAAGAGUGGCGAGAGCUUGAAGCCCGGUGAGGUCACAGUUCAGGUUCGCAGUACUGGAAUUUGCGGAUCCGACGUGCAUUUCUGGCAUGCCGGCUGCAUUGGUCCCAUGAUUGUCACGGGAGACCACAUCCUGGGUCACGAGUCGGCCGGUGAAGUGAUCGCAGUUGCCCCCGAUGUCACCCAUCUCAAGCCAGGCGAUCGUGUCGCCGUCGAGCCCAACAUUCCCUGCCACGCUUGCGAACCUUGCUUGACUGGACGUUACAACGGUUGUGACAAGGUACUUUUCCUGUCCACUCCUCCCGUAGACGGUUUGCUGCGGCGCUAUGUCAACCACCCAGCUGUCUGGUGCCACAAGAUCGGCGAUAUGAGCUAUGAAGAUGGUGCUCUGUUGGAACCCCUCAGUGUGUCUCUGGCUGCAAUUGAGCGAAGCGGGCUUCGCUUGGGCGACCCUGUUCUUGUCACCGGUGCUGGUCCCAUCGGUUUGAUCACUCUCCUUAGUGCCCGCGCCGCGGGCGCAACACCCAUUGUCAUCACCGAUAUCGACGAGGGAAGACUAGCAUUCGCCAAGUCGUUGGUUCCCGACGUUAUCACCUACAAGGUGCAGACCAAUCUGUCCGCCGAGGAUAACGCUCAGGGCAUUAUCGAUGCUUUCAACGAUGGCCAGGGCUCCGCCCCUGAUGCUCUGAAGCCUAAGCUAGCACUGGAGUGCACUGGUGUCGAGAGCAGUGUCGCAUCCGCCAUUUGGAGCGUCAAGUUCGGCGGCAAGGUCUUCGUGAUCGGCGUGGGCAAGAACGAGAUGAAGAUUCCGUUCAUGCGCCUGAGUACCCAAGAGAUCGACCUUCAGUACCAGUACCGCUACUGCAACACCUGGCCCCGCGCCAUUCGCCUCGUGAGGAACGGUGUCAUCAGCCUGAAGAAGCUUGUUACACAUCGCUUCCUCUUGGAGGACGCUCUCAAGGCCUUCGAAACUGCUGCAGACCCCAAGACGGGAGCCAUCAAGGUCCAGAUCAUGAGCAACGAGGAGGAUGUGAAGGCCGCUUCAGCUUGAAUCAAUCACUGCUGAGGUGGACUUCCCUGGUGUUAAAGGUAAUCAGUCACGUUUUAUACCUUUUGUGUUUUUUUUUUCUGGUAUCAUUUUCUGCAAUGAUGAGUCAUGUAAUGUUAUGAUGAUCGGUUUAGAUAUAUUGCUUUGAACUAUAGACAUUCUAGAAGAAUUCUAUUUCUUAAACUUCUCAAUAUCGGCUUGUGUCUUUU